AGCCGCGUCCCCGCCCUUUCGUCUUCCGGUAUCAUGGCCGCGCACUGAACAGAAACGAGAAGGAGACGGUGCUCACUAACGUGUUUGUUAGUGCGGUGUAAUGACUUCAAUGUACGGCCAGGCUGGUGUGUUUGAGAUGGCGGCGACGCAGCUGUUCCGACUGGUUGUCCGCCAGUCGACAACUCGUGUUUCCCUCAAGAGGUACAGCAAGGUGUGCCCGGCCUUACUGGAGCAACUCCAACACUUCGAGUCUCUUCGGGAGAGGAAGAAGGACAACAAGAGGACAGCUGAACCUUGGGAAAAGCCCCUCAGCAUCCGGGUCGGUGACCGCCAGGUGGUGAAGGGAGCAGCUGGGGUCACCACGCCGCUCUCUGUCGCUCAGAGUAUUGGGGAGAAAAGGGCCUUGGUGAGUAAGGUGAAUGGGGAGCUUUGGGACCUUGGGCGCCCCCUGGAGGCUGACUGUGAACUACAGCUUCUUGGGUUUGACACACCUGAGGGCACGCAGGCCGCAUGGCGGACAGGAGCGUGCGUGCUCAGCUGGGUGCUGCAGAGGGAGUUUGGCGCCAGGGUGUGUCGCGAAGGGGCGUCAGACCUGGGAUUUUACUGUGACCAUGUGAUGGAGAACAGCGACCCGCCGCCUCUGAGUGACGUGGAGCAGAGAUGCAAGGAGGCCGCCGCCCUGACGCUGCCUCUGAGCAGGCUGGAGCUGAGCGCACAAGAGAUCGAGGAGCUCUUCCAGGAUGACUCACUCCGAUCGCAGCUUGUCCAGGAGCAGAUGGUUGGGCCCACUGCUACGGUGUACAGGUGUGGAGACAGCAUAGCGGUCUCUAAUGGCCCCCUCCUCCCACACACGGGGAUCCUCAAGGUGUUCAAGCUCCUACAGCUGUCAACUGUAACCCUGGCCAAUCAGAAUGUGUGCGCUGGUUUGAUGCGUCUCUCCGGGGUGGCCUUUCCGAAAGAGAAGGAUAAGGUGGAGUGGGAAAGAAUGCAGAAGGAGGCCCACAGGAGGGACCACAGACGCAUCGGGACGGACCAGGAGUUGUUUUUCUUCAAUGACGUCAGUCCAGGAAGCUGCUUCUUCUUGCCGAAAGGAGCACACGUGUACAACACACUCACAGACUUUGUCAAGAGCGAGUACCGACGGCGAGGCUUCACCGAGGUCAUCACCCCGACGCUGUACAGCACUGCAUUGUGGGAGCGCUCGGGUCACUGGGAGCACUAUGGCGACAACAUGUUCACCGUGACGUCCGAAGGCUCUCAGACAUACGCCCUCAAACCUAUGAAUUGCCCCGCGCACUGCCUAAUGUUCGAGCAGCGUGUGCGCUCAUGGCGGGAGCUUCCUCUGCGCUGGGCCGACUUCGGGGCGCUGCAUCGCAACGAGCUGUCCGGCGCUCUGGGAGGCCUCACUCGGGUCCGCAGGUUUUGCCAAGACGACGCUCACAUCUUCUGCACACCUGAGCAGCUGGAGCAAGAGAUUGUGGCUUGUUUGGACUUUGUGAGAAGCGUUUAUCAAGUGUUUGGGUUUUCCUUCCACUGCCUCCUGUCGACACGUCCGACUCCGUGCCUGGGGGAGCCUGAGCAGUGGGAUAGUGCCGAGCAGCAGCUGGAACAGAGCCUACAGCAGUUUGGCGAGCGCUGGGAGUUGAACCCAGGAGACGGAGCCUUCUAUGGGCCAAAGAUUGACAUCCAGAUAAAAGACGCUAUUGGCCGACAGCACCAGUGCGCCACCAUCCAGUUGGACUUCCAGCUGCCAAUCAGAUUUGACCUCCAGUAUGUCGGACGAGACGGCCAGCUGCAUCGACCAGUGAUGAUCCACCGAGCAGUGUUGGGAUCACUGGAGAGGAUGCUCGCCAUCCUGGCUGAACACUUUGGAGGGAAAUGGCCCUUGUGGUUGUCCCCGGCACAGAUCAUGGUCAUUCCUGUAGGGGGCAGCUGUGAGUCGGCUGCCAAGCAGGUGCUCCAUCGGUUUCGUGAAGCGGGCUUCAUGGCGGACUUGAACGACGACACGAGCGCCACCUUGAGUAAAAAGAUCCGCUCUGCUCAGCUGGCGCAGUACAACUACGUGUUAGUGGUGGGCGAUCAGGAGUGCGAGAGCGGCACAGUGAGCGUGCGCAGUCGAGGUGGCAAGCAGCUGGGCAGGAGGCCCGUGGAGGAGGUUCUGAUGAGUCUCACACAGCUACGAGACUCCAGAAGCAGACAAGAUGACUUUUAAGUCUGUUGUGUAACUGCACCAUCACUAGGUAUUUUUUUGGUACUGGUUCCUAACUGGGCCGGUCCAGGAGGACUGUUAAGAUUCUGGACAAAUAAUCCCCACUUCCGCCCGCUCGGGUGACCGAUGCAAUGAAUGCCGAGUGGAUACGGUUAAUAAUGUGAGAGUCCAGUCCAUACUGGGGCCAGCAGGGGAUCAUCUUGCAUGUAGACAUGUCGGGGCGCAGCGACAUCACCGACUGAUGCAUAAGGAGUGGUCCACCCCGAGUCCCAACUUCAUGCUAAUGUUUGUAUUAGAGAUGUCCGAUAAUGGCUUUUUUGCCGAUAUCCGAUAUUCCAAUAUUGUCCAACUCUUAAUUACCAAUUCUGAUAUCAACCGAUACCGAUAUAUACAGUCGUGGAAUUAACACAUUAUUAUGCCUAAUUUUGUUGUGAUGCCCCGCUGGAUGCAUUAAACAAUGUAACAAGGUUUUCCAAAAUAAAUCAACUCAAGUUAUGGAAAAAAAUGCCAACAUGGCACUGCCAUAUUUAUUAUUGAAGUCACAAAGUGCAUAAUUUUUUUUAACAUGCCUCAAAACAGCAGCUCGGAAUUUGGGACAUGCUCUCCCUGAGAGAGCAUGAGGAGGUUGAGGUGGGCGGAGUUGGGGGGGGCGGGGUUUAGAGGUAGGGGGGGCGGGGGGUGUAUAUUGUAGCGUCCCGGAAGAGUUAGUGCUGCAAGGGGUUCUGGGUAUUUGUUCUGUUGUGUUACGGUGCGGAUGUUCUCCCGAAAUGUGUUUGUCAUUCUUGUUUGGUGUGGGUUCACAGUGUGGCCCAUAUUUGUAACAGUGUUAAAGUUGUUUAUACGGCUACCCUCAGUGUGACCUGUAUGGCUGUUGACCAAGUAUGGCUUGCAUCCACUUGUGUGUGUGAAAAGACGUAGAUAUUAUGUGACUGGGCCGGCACGCAAAGGCAGUGCCUUUAAGGUUUAUUGGCGCUCUGUACUUCUCCCUACGUCCGUGUACACAGCGGCGUUUUAUAAAGUCAUAAAUUUUACUUUUUGAAACCAAUACCGAUAAUUUCCGAUAUUACAUUUUAAAGCAUUUAUCGGCCGAUAAUAUCGGCAGUCCGAUAUCGGACAUCCCUAGUUCUAACUUAUAUCUUGUCAGUAGACUCGCUAUGGAAGCGCUAAAAACUACCAGUACAACAAGGAUGACGGGGAGAAGACUUGUUUUUAGACUAAAAAAGCAGGUGUUAAAAAAAUACUUCCCUGCUGUGAGAUGUUACAUGAUGUUGGUGUGUACUUCUUGUGCUAAUUAAAAAUGCAUUUUUUCCACAUUUAUUUAUGGCAAUUAUAUAGUAUUGAUAAGGAAUAUCGACAGUGGUAUCGACAAUAUCCUGACGAUAUACAGUACAUGUCUACUUUUAAGUCUGUUUUGCUCCACAUUUACAGCUCAAAUGUCCAAUAAAACUGCUUU